AUGUCGAAAUACCUAUCGCAAGCUAAAGGCGCAGUCGCCGGCAUGUAUCAAGCUACGGAAUUAGAGAACAAAACGCGCCAUGAUCGUAACUUUGAAGCCACAGAGUCCACCCUACCCAAUAUCCGCAAAGCGCCAAUAUCGGAGAAACGUCCCGCACUCGCAAGCAACCUACUUUCCUACCUCGGGCCAUACAAUCCACUCCCGAAAAGCAUCACGUCGAACGAUACAGUAUGGCUUCUAGACAAUACCGCAUACAGGAAUUCGCAGACGGGACAGUGGGAGGCAGAGUUCGUGGCUGCGGUUUUCGAUAAACAGAGCGGUGUGGAAAUCAGUACCGUGGUCGCAGAUGUAGCUGAAAAGCUUGGUAUUGGAAAGGGCGAUGCUGCAGAGGCUAGGAUCCAAGAGAGGUUGAUGCCGUUUGUGCAGGAUAUAUUACCUGGCCGGACGGUUAUUGUUCACUUUGGUACUAGGGAGACUCUCAGACUGGGUCCUGGUGGAAGAAAUGGUAUCAGUAGCGAUAUUAAGAGAAUGCUGCCAUAUGGCCAGGGAGGGGAUGUUGUAAAGGUCGUUGCAAAGGUUCCCCAGGGUGCGAAUGGUGUUUUGGAAUCAAAGACUGUGUAUGCGGAACCAGAAGGCUGGGGUAUUAUCUCUGAUGUGGACGACACCAUCAAACUCACUCAGACCAGCGAUCCCAUUGGCAUUCUCCGCUCGACGUUCGUUUCCGAUGCGACUCCUAUAACGGGCAUGCCCGAACUUUAUGCCUAUCUUCAGACGCUUGUAACCAACACUGCCCCAUGGUUCUACCUGUCUGCCUCGCCGUACAACCUGUACUCUUUCUUAAGCGACUUCCGCCAACGAUAUUACCCGCAAGGCACCAUGAUCCUUCGAGAUGCGAGCUGGAUGAAUUUGUCCGGCUUACUUUCGAAUUUGACUUUGGGAACACAAGAAUAUAAGGUUGAUCGCAUGUCAAAAGUCCACAAAUGGUUUCCGAAGAGGAAGAUGAUUCUUAUCGGAGAUUCAACACAAUCCGAUCCUGAGGCCUAUGGGGAAAUCUUUCGAAAACACCCAGGAUGGGUUCACCUCAUUCUGAUUCGAAAGGUCACCGACAUCGCAGCGGUUGGCAUCGAGUCCAAGAACGAGCCGAAGAGAUUCGAGAAAGCGUUCAAGGGCGUCCCGGAGAAUAUUUGGCAUGUAUUCGAAGAUCCAAAGGAGUGUUAUAAGCUUGUCUCCGAUGCUAUUCAUCGACCCUUCCAGAUCGCUCUCUUCACUUCACGACUUGCUAACCGCAAUAUGGCGAACAAUGUAUCAGAUGCCAGUCAGAAACUGGUCCCAGGGACAGAGUUGCUUCUCAGUCAUAAGGGGAAUCAAGACGUAAUACGCUUGAUUCCUGAACCGAGCGACAAUGAAGAUGACCCACUGAAUUGGAGUACUACGUGGAAAGCGGUGGUUAUAAUUAACCAAGCAGUGUUCAUAUUCAUAACGGUUCUCACUCCGCUGUCUAUCGCGCCAUUAACUCCUAUUUUCACCGAAGAGUUCGACAUAGGCAUCUCGCAAGUCAAUAUGCUGUUUGGCGCCGUCGCAAUGUCCCUUGGAUACGCCAACUUCAUCAUCGUACCCGCCGCAAAUAUCUUUGGUAGACGGCCGACAAUCAUUGUCUGCUCAUUGAUUUGUACACUGGCGAAUGUCUGGCAAGCUCUAGUAACUAGCUACGAAAGCUUUAUCGGGGCGCGUGUUAUUUCAGGUCUUGGAGCUGGUGCGGUGGAGUCGAUCAUGCCGAUGGUGAUCGCUGAUGUUAUGUUCUUGCAUCAGAGAGGAUCUUGGGUUGGGCUUUACUUCUGGUCUUUUUCGAUCGGAAUCUUCUUUGGUCCGAUUAUUUCGGGCAGUAUUGGUUCAGCUAUUUCAUGGCGGUGGUUCUUUUGGAUUUGCACUAUUCUUCAAGCUGUAACUACAUUAGCUCUCGUGUUUAUGAUGCCAGAGACGAUGUAUUUUCGUAAGGCAAAGGUCGUUUCUCCCACGUCUUCGAGUAUAGAACAAAGCCAAGAUCUGGAAGAACCGAAAGUCGAAUCACCCAGCUUAUUUGCUUCUUCGAAUGCCGGUACGGAAGACAUUUUCUCCUAUCGCAAAAGUUCACGCGACGGCAACCCGGUCCGAACACAAACAGAACAUAUCAAAGGCCGUCCCUCCAGAAGACAAUUCGCUUUAUUCAUCAAACCGACUUUCAUCCACGGCAGUUUCAAAGAAACAAUCAUCCGCGAUAUCCUAGCACCACUCAAAAUCUUCUUCUACCCAAUCACCUUGUGGGCAGGCAUGUCAUUCGGCUUCGCAUCAAAUUGUUUUCUCGGACUCAACCUCACACAAUCUCAAGUCUUCGCUGCGCCACCAUACUCUUUCACAACUGCACAAGUCGGAUUCGUCAAUUUCGCUUUCGUGGUUGGUGGGAUGAUCGGAUUGUUGACGGCCGGGCCGUUGAGUGAUUAUGUUAGUAUUUAUUUGGCGAGACGGAAUGGUGGGGUUAGAGAGCCUGAGAUGAGACUUUGGGUUUUGAUUCCGUAUAUUGUUGUUUUGUUGGUUGGUAUGGUGGUCACGGCUGUAGGAUAUGACCGUCUCUGGAGCUGGCCAAUUAUCGUAGUCGUUGGCUACGGCUUUGUAGGCGUCGAAGUCGUCUCCAUCGCCGCCAUAGUUAUUGCCUACGCAGUAGAUUGUUACAAGCAAAUCCCCGGCCAAAUAAUGAUCACAGCCACGGUCUGCAAAAACACAUUCGGUUUCGGAAUGAUCUUCUUCUUUAAUGAUUGGGCAGCUCGAUCUGGAUUCGUACCUCCGCUUAUGAUGUUGACAGGUCUUGGAGUUGGCAUUACGGCGUUUGGGACGGCGUUGUUUUUGUGGAAGGGAAAGAUGUUUAGGGUUUGGACUAUGGGGUCGAAGAUACAUGAUCUUUGA